AGAGUUAAGUGUGAAGUAGAUAACCUAUAAUUUAUUUUAUAAAAAUAUUUGCUAUUUAUUAAAAUUCAAAUAUUUUUUAAUAAUAAUGGAUCAGUUAAGCAAGCAGUUGGCUGAAGAUUUUUUCCUUCGGGAACCAGUGGAUCCACGAAUACGAAAACAAAAAGAUAAGACGGAAGAUGAUCCUCAUCCAACGCUCAAAGUGGAAAUGCAGAUGAUUCGCCUCAGUUCUGAUUCACAGAAACUCGUAUUAGAUACAUUGAGAUUUAUACAUGGACCUGAUUUUAAACUAGGGAGUGCAAGCAAUUACAAGGAUAAAGGUUCUAACCUUGGCAAUAGAUAUUGGAUGGAAAGAGGCAACUUGGUGGUUCAGGGAGGUUUUGAUUACUCAUUAACUGUGAAAGAUGAAAUAAAAGCACCAGAAGUAAGGCUAAGAGAGUUUGCAUUGGCUAAACUAGAAAGAUACAAUUUCCACAAAGCACAUUGUUCUGAAGCUUUGCAUUUGGCCAAAGAGAACACUGAUACAGCAUUGGAAAUUCUAUUUAGCAAAUAUUUUGAUGACACAUUUGAAGUGAAACCAGAGAAUGUGCCAACCCCAGAUGAAUUACUUGAAAUGAGAAUUGAUGAAAAAGCAGUGCUUGAAUCUAUUUACGAAAAUAUUUUUAGAGUUAAAGAUAGCAACAUUUGGAGUUUUAAAUUAUAUUUAGAUUAUUUAUCAAAGCUGUAUGAGAAGACUCCCAUUAGUAUACCCAAGAAAAAGGAAAACAGUAAUUUUAAAACAAAAAAGAAAGAGGUAUGCAAAUUGUUUUUGAGUGGUCCAUGCAGAUUUGGUGCUAAAUGUAAAUUCUUGCAUGAAACAAAAGAAGAAACAUUGUCUAUUGUACCCACAGUUGAAAGAAUUUGUUACGAAUUAGAAAUCAGAUUUCCGAAGGACAGUCUAUACCCGUACCAACCUCCAUUACUCUUUUUCAAACUUGAAACUAGAAGUAAAUUAAUUCCCGAAAGAACAUGCCUCUUGAUAACAUCGAGGUUAUAUGAAGAAGCAAAGACAUUGGCUCAAGAUGGAAUACCAUGUAUAUAUUCUUUAGUCGAAUUAUUAAAUAACGAAGAAGAAAUAUUAAAUCAUAUACAAUUUUGUGAGAAACAGUUUCCGAGUGCUACGGACACAUUAUUACCACAAACAGAAACCAUAGAUGAUAGUAUAAAACCAACUCAUUAUAAUGUAAAUAAGAAUAGACAAAAUAGACCAAGUGUAAAUAUUGAGAGUAUGUUAAAAGAGAAUAGAGAAAUAGCUAGGCGAUAUUUAGAAAAAACGGAAAAUAACAGGUACAAUAAAAUGAUGUCUGUGAGAAGAAAUUUACCAGCUUGGCAGAAGAGACAUGAUAUUAUGAAUGCUUUAAAAAAUUCUCAGGUAAUAGUUAUAAGUGGUGAAACAGGCUGCGGUAAAAGCACACAAGUACCUCAAUACAUACUCGACGAUUGGUUGGAGAAUUUCAAGCAAGACCCUAAGCAUGUGGAGAUCAUUUGCACCCAACCAAGACGGAUAUCAGCCAUCGGUGUUGCUGAUAGAGUUGCAGAGGAACGAGUGGAGAAGACGGGGCAGGUUGUUGGUUACCAGAUAAGACUAGAAAACAAAAUAUCAUCGAAAACUCGUCUAUCAUUCUGUACCACGGGUAUACUCCUGCGUCGAUUGGAAUAUGACCCGCAACUAACUUCAGUCACGCACAUUAUAGUGGAUGAGGUGCACGAGAGGUCAGAGGAGAGCGACUUCCUGUUGCUAAUCUUGAGGGACCUUAUCAAAGUGAGGAAGGAUCUGAGGGUUAUAUUGAUGAGUGCCACGCUGAAUGCUGAUUUGUUCUCGGCUUACUUUGAAAAGGUUCCAGUUUUGGAGAUUCCAGGCAGAACAUUCCCUGUAGAGCAGAUAUAUUUAGAGGAAAUAAUGGACCGAACUAACUACGUGUUAGAAGAAAAUGGACCAUAUGCGAGAAAGAUAAAGAAAGAUAAAGACAAAAAGAUCGAUUUAGAAACGGAGAUAGAAACGUCAGAUGUACGUUCAGAGGCGUCGGAGCCACCGAAAGACUCGAUCCGAGAUGAGAACCUGACGAUAUCGCAAAUGUUAGCGCGGUACCCCAAGUGCAGUAAAGUCACGUGCAAGAAUAUGUAUCUGAUGGACGUGGAAAAGAUAAAUCUGGAACUAAUCGAGCACGUAUUAACAUACAUCGUGGCUGGAGAGCACAGUUGGCCGCGAGAGGGCGCCAUUUUGGUGUUCCUGCCCGGUAUCGGUGAAAUUAUGUCGCUUCACGACCAACUCGUUGAGAGUCACACUUUUAGUCCAAAAUCAGGAAAAUAUAAAAUAAUACCUCUCCACUCCACGUUAUCAAGCGAAGAACAGUCCCUAGUGUUUAAGAACCCAGGACAGGGCGUACGAAAAGUUGUUCUAUCAACCAAUAUCGCUGAGACAUCGGUCACUAUAGAUGACUGUGUGUUUGUCAUCGAUUGUGGGCGUAUGAAGGAGAAAAGGUUCGAGUCGAGCCGCAACAUGGAGUCGCUGGAGCUGGUGUGGGUGUCGCGCGCGAACGCGGCGCAGCGGCGCGGGCGCGCGGGCCGCGUGCGCGCCGGCGUGUGCGUGCACCUGUACAGCUCGCACCGCGCCGCGCGCCUCGCCGCGCAGCCCGUGCCCGAGAUGCACCGCGUGCCGCUCGAGCAGCUGCUGCUCAAGCUCAAGAUCCUGCCGCUGUUCCGCGGCGCCGCCGUGCACGACGUGCUCGCAAAAACCAUAGAGCCGCCAGAGAUAUCCAACAUAGAUGGCGCGUUAUCGCGACUUCAAGACGUUGGUGCGUUAGACAAGGGCUUCAACCUGACUGCGCUCGGCAGGCACCUGGCGUCUCUUCCUGUGGACGUGAGGAUCGGGAAACUGAUGCUGUUCGGCGCCAUUUUCUGUUGCGUAGACUCUGCUUUGACUAUGGCCGCCUUUCUGAGCCAUAAGAGCCCGUUCCUCGCGCCGUUCGGGAAAAAGACGGAAGCAGAUGCAAAGCGACGAGAAUUUGCGUGCUCUAACAGCGACCAACUAACUACUCUGAGAGCGUACAAAAAAUGGCAACAAGCCAUGAAGUCAAGUACGCACGCGGCGCUGGUGUUCGCGAACGAGAACUUCCUAUCACACAAAACGCUAUUGAUGUUAGCGGAUAUAAAGCACCAGCUGCUCGGCCUGCUGGCCUCCAUCGGCUUCGUGCCGGAUAUGCCCGCUCUGAGGAAGAGAAUGUGGAAGGACUCGGUGGCUAGACUGACUGGGGAAGAGUUAAAUUCGAAUGGAAACAAUGACAAACUGCUGGCGACUAUUUUAUGUGCUGCCUUGUAUCCGAAUGUUGUAAAGGUGCUGACACCAGGGAAGACCUUCCACAUGCAGGCCGGCGGCGCCAUACCCCGGCAGGCAACGGCUGACGAGCUGAAGUUUAAAACCAAGUCGGACGGAUACGUGUCUCUGCACCCGUCUUCGGUCAACUUCACCGUGGGCCACUACACCAGCCCGUACCUGGUGUACCAGGAGAAAGUGAAGACUAGCAAAGUGUUCAUUCGGGAAUGUUCUAUGGUGCCCCAGGUGCCGUUGGUGCUGUUCUCUGGGUGCGGUCUAGCAGUGGAGCUUCACAAUGGUACAUUUAUAGUGUCGCUUGAAGAUGGCUGGAUCAUGUUUCAAGUGGAAAAUCAUGAAGUUGCAGAGAUGUUAAAAGCUAUAAGAGUUGAACUCAUUAAUUUAUUAGAGGAGAAAAUAAACGAUCCUUCAUUAAAUCUCCUGCACUAUGAGAAGGGCAAUAGAAUAAUUAAAACAAUAGUUCAAAUUGUAACUAAGGAUUAAGAAAAAUAGAAAGAAUUGAUAUACUAACAGUGCCUUUGAGAUUUCCAAAGCAUUUCGUACGCGAAAUUUGGUAGAAGUUUGACUUUUUCUGUAAAUAAAUAAUUAUAGAGCCGUUAUUAAACAAUAUUGUGAAUAAUUAACUACAUUAUCGUAUACAAAAGAACAUUUUAUAGUUAUAUUCGAAUAUUGAAAUGUAUUUUUAAAUAUACAUUUCGCUAUAGAUAAAUAAUAACUAAUAUCUCCAUGCCAAUAUAUUUGUCAGGUUGUAUUUUUGACGAUUUAAAUAAAGAAGAUAAAGAAGAGGUUCUCAAUAUGACUGUAACUUUUUGUUUCUUUGUUACCUCAGAGCGUUCGGCUGAUUGAACCGUUUCAGAUGUUUUUUUUUUUUUAUUUGAAAGCUGCUGCCUGUCAUGUGGUCUCUUGGAAUUUGGUCUAGUUGUAACAAUUUGAACGCGGUUUCGUUUUUUA